AUGAUCCGAGGCGCGGCGCGAGGGCUGUUCCAGAGCGCGCGGCAAGUGCGACGAGCGGCUGCAAAGCAGGCCAACAAGCAGCAGAAGAGCACGCGGACGUCUGCCGGUCGCACUGGCGGCACGCGGCGAACAGCGUGCGAGGAGAGCGUCAUCACCAACCAGCAGAGGCAGGCGUUCGGCCGCGCACGAUACGCGGAGGCGAUGCCGAGGAUUUUGUCUGUGGGCGCCGUGGGGAUGCUGGACGUCGGCGCCAUUGAUGCACUCAACGUGCUGAUGCAAGACCUGGCUGAAGACGACGAUGACGGACGAUAACGGCGCUUCGCAGCGCGUCUAAGUAGCAGGAGAACAUCAGCGUAAUACAGCUUUGAUUUGUGU